CUUGCUUUAUGAAACAUAAUACACAACAUCCGGGACUAGCAUUAGCCACUGUAGCAUGGUGGGGGAAAAGGGUGUUUCAUAAAGAAAGUAUGAAUAUUUUCCCCGUUUCUUUUUGCCUUCUCUCCAUUAAGUCGAAUGAAGGCGAAAACCGACGCCUUUGCAGCCUGAAUGGACAAUGUUUUAUGUACGAACCGGUCCACGGGGGAUACGAGUGUAUAGCUGGCUGCAUACAUUCCCUUUGGAUGAUCAGUCUCCUGUGUAUCGACCCUCUGAAUAGUCGUUAUCUAACUCCAAGAGCAGCUGUCACUCAGUCCCUUCUGAGAUUGAGAGAGCGCUCAGCUGUUUCGCAUGAAACAAGCGCUCACUUACUUCAGUUGAGUCCGUCACACACUAGACGAGGCUACAUCUCCACGUUUCGGACACCUCUUCCCACCAUCCAGCCGUCCACUCCUCUGCUUCAGCGAACAUGUACGGCAGCGCCCGUUCCGUUGGCCGAGCGGAUGCCAACCACAGCGGAGGAGGGAGAGACGCUGGGAGGGAUGGGGGGAGCAGCCAGGGUUCUGGGCGCUCCCCUCGUCUCCCCCGCUCACCACGGAUGGGUCACCGUCGCACCAACAGCACGGGGGGCAGCGGAGGAUGUCCAGGCGGAGCGGGGGGUAAGACCCUCUCCAUGGAGAACAUCCAGUCCCUCAAUGCAGCCUACGCCACCUCAGGACCCAUGUACCUGAGCGACAACGAGGUCGCCAUGCCCGACCGCGUUAACAAGAGCGGUCGGGAGAUGACCACAAUGGGGCGACAGAGGGUGACAUACGGGUCAAGGGCGAGCGCAGGUGGGGGUGGAGGCGUGGCAGCCAGCACACCAAACAUCGCCACGUCGGCCCCAGCCAACGCUGUGCUCCCUGGGGGAAUGAUGGCAGGUGACUCCCUGGCUUUUGGGGAUCACCACAUGGCCUCUACGGUGCCCCACUCCCUGAGACAAGCCCGGGAUAACACCAUACUGGACCUGCAGGCCCAGCUCAAAGAGGUUCUGCGUGAGAAUGAGUUGCUGUGUCGUGAGGUGGAGGUGAAGGAGAGCAAGCUGAGUUCCUCCAUGAACUCCAUAAAGACCUUCUGGAGCCCUGAGCUGAAGAAGGAGAGAGCCCUAAGGAAGGACGAGGUGUCCAAGAUCACUGUCUGGAAGGAACAAUACCGUGUGGUGCAAGACGAGACACAGCACCUCCACAUGACGGUCCAGGCCUUGCAGGAUGAAUUGAGGAUCCAGAGAGACCUGAACCAGCUGCUCCAGCAGGACCCUGCCAGCCAGGGUCGCGAACUGGCCCUGAACUCUGAACCCACGGAGGAGAACUACCGGCGGCUUCAUGGGGACCACGAGCGUCAGGCCAAGGAGCUGUUCCUGCUCAGAAAGACCCUGGAGGAGAUGGAGCUGAGGAUAGACACCCAGAAACAGACCCUGGGUGCCAGGGACGAGUCCAUCAAGAAACUGCUGGAGAUGCUGCAGAGCAAAGGGCCGUCGGCUAAGGCCUCAGAGGAAGACCAGGAGAGAACCAGGAGACUGGCUGAUGCUGAGAUGCACAGACACCAUCUAGAGUCCCUACUGGACCAGAGAGACAGGGAGACGACUGCUCUACGAGAGGAGCUGCAUCGUCGAUACGAGGGAACCCCAGAGUCCACCAAAACCAAGGCUCUACAGACAGUCAUCGACAUGAAGGAUGCUAAGAUCAACUCUCUGGAGCGAGGUCUGAGGGACAUGGAGGAGGAGGUGAUGAUGCUCAAAUCCAACGGCCUGCUGAGCUGUGAGGAGAGACAGGAGGAUAUGAAACAGAUGGAGGUCUACCGCAGCCACACCAAGUUCAUGAAGAACAAGAUGGACCAAGUAAAGCAGGACAUGUCCAGGAAGGACACAGAGCUGCUGGGUUUACAGACCAAGCUGGAGACUCUGACAAACCAGUUCUCUGAUAGCAAACAGCACAUCGAGGUCCUCAAGGAGUCACUGACCGCUAAAGAACAACGAGCUGCCAUCCUACAGACAGAGGUGGAUGCGUUGCGUCUGCGUCUGGAGGAGAAGGAGACCACGCUGAACAAGAAGAGUAAACAGAUCCAGGAGAUGUCUGAGGAGAAGGGCACGCUCAACGGAGAAAUCCACGACCUCAAGGACAUGCUGGAGGUCAAGGAGCGCAAGGUCAACGUCCUGCAGAAGAAGAUUGAGAACCUGCAGGAACAGCUGAGAGACAAGGAGAAGCAGAUGAGCAGCCUGAAGGAGAGAGUGAAGUCUCUACAGACAGACACCUCUAACACAGACACAGCUCUUAACACACUGGAGGAGUCCCUCGCUGAGAAGGAGCGCAUCAUCGAGCGUCUGAAGGAGCAGAGAGACAGAGACGACAGGGAGAAGACUGAGGAGAUCGACAGCAACAAGAAAGAACUGAAGGAUCUGAAGGAGAAAGUCAGUCUGCUGCAGGGAGAUCUGUCUGACAGAGAGACCAAUCUGUUGGACCUAAAGGAGCAUGCAUCAUCCCUGGCCUCCUCGGGGCUGAAGAAGGACUCCAAGCUGAAGAGUAUGGAGAUCUCUCUGGACCAUAAGAAGGAGGAGUGUGUCAAACUGGAGAACCAUCUUAAGAGGGCCCAGAAUGCGACUUUGGAGGCCAAGGCGAACACGGAGCUGUCGGAACGCAUCACCUCCCUGGAGCAGGAAGUGACCCGACACAGAGAGGAUUCUGGCAAGGCUCAGGCGGAGGUGGACCGGCUGCUGGAGAUCCUGAGAGAGAUGGAGAAUGAGAAGAACGACAAGGACCGCAAGAUCAACGAGCUGGAGAAGCAGACCAAGGACCAGAGUAAGAAGGUAGCGUCCCUGAAACAUAAGGAGCAGGUGGAGAAGAGUAGGAACGCCAGACUGGUGGACGAAGCUAAAAAGAGAGAGGACAACAUCUCAGAGAGCUCUCAACAGGUCAAGGACUCUCUGCGGUUGAAGACUGAGCGUAUCGAGGAGUUAGAGGAGGCUCUGAGGGAGAGUGUUCAGAUUACAGCAGAGAGAGAGAUGGUGCUGGCACAGGAGGAAGCUGCCAGGAACCACCAGGAGAAACAGAUUGAGGAGCUGCUGGGGGCCAUGGAGAAGGUCAAACAGGAGCUGGAGUCUAUGAGGGCCAAGCUAUCAUCUACCCAACAGUCCCUGUGUGAGAAGGAGACUCACCUCACCACUUUGAGGGCCGAACGCAGGAAACACCUGGAGGAGGUGCUGGAAAUGAAACAGGAGGCGCUGCUGGCAGCCAUCAGUGAGAAGGACGCCAACAUUGCCCUGCUGGAGCUGUCCUCAUCCAAGAAGAAGAAGACGCAGGACGAGGUGGCUCUGCUAAAGAGAGAGAAGGACCGUCUGGUACAACAGCUCAAACAGCAGACUCAGAACCGUAUGAAGCUAAUGGCAGACAACUAUGAGGAUGACCACUUGAAGACCGCUCCCGACCAGACCAAUCACAAACCUUCUCCAGAUCAGAUGAUCCCCCCUCUCCUGUCCCUGAGUGAGAAUCGCAAUAAGCUUAAGCUCUACAUUGCCCACCUUACUGACCUGUGCCACGACCGAGACCCCAGCAUCCUCAGCGUCCUGACCCCACCCCCCCACUAUCACCACGCCAACCCACCAGCCUGGGAGGAGGAGCUACACAAGAUGACUUUGGAGCAGUUGGAACUGGAGUUGGAGUUGUGUGAGAAGGAGAGCGGGGAGCUGCAGGAGUAUGCCAACUCAGUGCUGCAGCAGAUCGCUGACUACUGCCCUGAUAUCCUGGAGCAGGUGGUCAACGCGCUGGAGGAGUCCUGCUGAACUCUCACCUUUAUAGACCACCCCCUGAUGACCCCAGGACCCUGCAUGAGCUUCAGACAACCUUCCUCCCAUCUAUCCACACGUGAUCUUGGCGGAGGGAGGACUGAGCGAUCAUACUACACCCCCACAUGCUCAAUUCUCAUUCCUGGGGAGAUGAUGAUGAUGAUUAACUGAUGAAGAACAGUCACACAGUGGGCUAAUGGUGGAAGGAUGUAGAUGCAUGCUGGUCAUGGGUUGUGUUCAGUAGUGCACAUCGCACAAAAACGUUUUGAAAGAGAAAACAAAGUUAAGGUAGCACCUCCCUGUUUCAUUUUUAGCAUAUAUUUUUAGCAUAUAUUAUGUGUUAUUUCUUAUGUUUCCCAUUUCCCCUCAACCACCCAAUAUGAGAGAGAGAGAGGGAGAGAGAAGCUGGGUUUUAGGGCUUUAUCUCUGGCUGACUUACUGCAUGUUCUGUGAACGUAUCUUAAGACAUAAGAGGGAGGAAUCCUAACUCAAUAUCCUAACUUGAACUUCCACACACAUCUCCCAUUGACAUCAGUGUCUGAUUUACAUCAAGUAAGGAUUUUGACCAGGGGGGGGGGGACAGGCAGGCAGUGGUUGGUUUUAGAUGGUUUUGCACACAGCACCCUCUUCAAUAUGUGGUAUGCAACGUUAGUUUAUUUUAGCCACGUACACUUCUAGUAGUGGACCACAGGGGGUUGGUGGCACCUUAAUGGGUGAGGACAGGCUCGUGGUAAUGGCUGUAGGGGAAUGGUAUCAAAUACAUCAAAAACAUGGUUUCCAUGUGUUUGAAUCCAUUCCAUUUACUCCGUUCCAGGCCUUAUUAUGAGCCGUCCUCCCCUCAGCACCCUCCACUGUAGUGCACUAUAUGGAAUAUGGUGUCAUUUGGGGACGGUACGAUAGAGUGGCCUUUGAGUGUGCAAAGGGAUCAAUACUGGACCUACAUGAGGGACCUUUUUAUUCCUCAGUUCUAUUGGUGCUACAGCUUGACAUAAGACAUGAAGAGAUUACCAGUCAUAGGAUCUCAUCCAAAGUUUCUAUAGAUAUGACUUUGUAAAACAUUAUCAUUGUUUAAUUUAUGAUUGAAUUAUGUUCCCUGAGAUUGACGUUGCCCCUUUUGUGCAUUUUUCCAAAGCUCCCGAGUGUACGGUUCUUGUAAUGAAAUGAUAGUGAAUCCUACUUAAAAGGAUAUGAAAGUCCCUUCCCAGUGGGUUUGAACCUUUUUUAAAUCAAUUAGUAAAUGACUCAUUAAAUACGUAGUGACUAGGGUUGAAUAUUUUCCCGGUGUUUUAGAAAUGUUCCAUCCCGAAAUGAAAUCCCUUUUCUCCUGGGUAACCUGGUGUUUCCCACCAAAACCGGAGGUUUCAUUCAAAAGAAUUAUAAAGCAUAUAUGUUUGGAUUUGAUUAGAGCUUUGAUCAGCAUGACAAUUCUAACCUGAAUCUACCUGAGCCUGAUGAGCCAUAUAUUUUAAAAACAUUUAUGAGCCCUACAUUAACAACAUUUAAUGAGCCUAAGCCCAAAAAUGCCCAAAUGAUUAUGCCAUUAUCCAAUACAUGUAUGAUAAAGGCUACUGCACAUUAUGCGUGACAAAAAAACAUAGAAGCCCCUAGAUGCAGCCAGCUAUAGCCUAUGCUCUCUUGGGUAAAUAAAUGAAACUAGCUCCAGUAGGCUAAUAUUUUUGACUGUGGACUGUAUUGUAUUAUAUGGACUGGAAUUAGGCACAUCAUUGAAACCAUGAAGCAGAAGAGAACAUGCAAUUCUGGUGCAGCACAUGCGGCCUACAAAGUUCAAAGUAUUGGCUAGCAAAUUUGAUUUUAAUUUUGAAAUAUAAUUGGGCCUAUUUGUAUAAUUAGUAGGCUGACAUAUUUCUAUACCUACCUGUUUAGAUACCCUGAAUGUUAUCCUUUUUCUCUCAUUCUUUCCGUGCUUUCAACAAUUAAAUUAAAUGCGUUUCGUUGUCCUUAUCUUCAUCAUUCUAACGACAUCCUUGAAUAAUAUAGGACUAGAAUUAGAUGCAACAGGCUUUCACUUCGCUUCACAAAGAUUGAAUGGUUAUGGGUCUAAAUAAAUAACUGCUAUAGCCUACCGCCAUCGCGAGUUCACUCAUCCAUCAAAUUAACCAUGAGUUCUAUUGGCUUCUGUGUAUAACAUUCAGCUAAAAAGAGAAGGCAUCCCUCUUCAAAUAGUCUAUUGGUAUAAAAAAUGCUAAAAAUAAAUGAUGUCCAGCAAGCUAUUCUGGUCUAGCUUUUCCUGCAUGGGACUCCAAGAGCUAAGGAGUGUUUUUUUUAAAGGAUAGAGGUCAGCGGAGCACAGGUGCUUGCGUAUUGGAUAAGAGACAGAGGCUAUAAGUUAGAAGCUUAUUAUGCAUAACCCAUCAUUAAUUAGCUAAAUAUAAGGCUAAUACUGCAUUGAACGUAUUACCCAUAGAAGGUAGGCUAGAACAUCUCUAUAUAUAGGGCUAUAUAUCAAUCUAGGACAGGAUUAUCUAUUUUGGAUGGAGUUGAUGGAGAGCGACAGAGAAAAAACAAGACCCCCGUAAGCCAGAAGGAGAUGGGUAUUCGAUCUUUAUAUUACUGUAACAUAGGCCAUGCUGCAGCAAAUGUAGUCCCACCUGUCACAAGAACAAAAAGUUGAGAUGAUAGGUCUACAUGCAUUAUGAACUGUGCUCCAUACUGAGAUGGGCUGCUGUCUGUCCCCACCCUGAGCGCUGAUUCAUGCAGAGGCCGUAGAGAAGCCAGAUUUAGAUAUAGCAUAUAAUAUAACAGUUCCAUUUCACACCAUGCUGUUCAUAUAGAUAAUUUAUGAUAAUUUACCGGUUUCUCGCAGUUAUUUAUCCCAGGGAAAAGCGAGUGAUUUUUAGAGGUAAAUCCCGGUAACCGGAUUCCCACCGUUCAACCCUAGUAGUGACUACAUAAAUGUAACCCAGUGGAAGAUGUUGUGAAUUCUGUAAAAAAAACAAAGUGAGAAGCUAAAAGCAGUGCAGUUAGUUGUCUAUUUUGUGUGUGUGUGUCUCAAUUUGUCUGAAGACAAAAGAUAUGACCGUACUGCCAUAAAUUGCAGAAAGUCAUGUUCUAUAAAUAUAUAUACAUAUAAAAGUAUGAUGUUGACCAUAUGGAUAUAUAUGCAUUGAAUGUUUGCACAGAAUCGUGAGGAGCAAGGCUCUCUGAACAAAAUGGCAGACCGUUCUAGUGUCUUCAGCUAAAACUGGAGAAAUAUUUCUAAAAAAUAAAAACUUUUAUAAAUGUCAAAUUACAUGUAAACUUAAAAUGUUUUCAAACUGUGACUGUGUAGAGGGAGAGUACUUUUUAUUUUCUUUCAUUUAUGUAUAUUUCUUGAAUUUUUUAUGUAUACUUUUUCCACAUGAUGUAAACGUAUUACCCUGAGGUUCCAGUGUUUAGUUAUUUCAUAUAUGAGAUGUUUGUGGGAAUGACGCCCCUUAGACUGUGUUCCCGUUCUCCACAUGUCUCACACAGUAGUCUGACCGUUUAGGACAGAACGGUCUCCAACCAUGGUUCUCCUGAUUUACAGAGCACGCUGCCAGUCUCUGGCAUUUAGAACUGCUCUGUACAGUACAUUUCUAUUUCAAUCUGUCCAUUCUGUCUAUUUCAAUCUGUCCAUGGUUGAACAAAGUUUCAAAUCAGCUUGGUCUCCAGGACCAGAGUUGGAGACUAGGCUACUGUUUAGGUUCUCUUAUCCUGCCCCUUGUCCAUACACCAGGAUGUGAUUUUAAAGUACUCCCUAUGGCCGUCUCCCUUUCCAGAAGUCAUUACUGACCUGAUAAAAUCAUAGAGGUUAAAGCAAAGGGUUUCACUGGUCAGCUUUCACCUAUCCAGGUCAUGAGAACAGUUUUAUUUCAGGAAGGAGGAAAAAAAAUGUGUCUUUCAAAAAAGUUGCAACGGGGCCCUAGCCUGUGUAUCCCUGCCCUUGCCUUAAUGUCUGUGGACUCACCAGUCUGUGAUAACUUUGUUUUCAACUCUUCAUUCAGGAACACAGUGCUGUUAAAGUGGCUACUUCUAAAGUCAUGGUUCUCGUUUUUUUUAAACUUUCUUUUGCAUUUGUUAAAGAAAUGUACUGCCUUCCGUCUGUGUUAAUGAUGAAAAAUGUUACGUAAAAUUAAAGCAAAACAGACACGUUUGAGUAUUUGCAUUUUGUAUGUAUGUAAAUAAACAUAUCCUAUCAGUC